AUGGCGCUACAGCUUCCGGUGUCGGCUUUGAGCAGUGCUCUGCGCAGCCAACUGGCCGCGCGACGACUGGCUGGAAUCACAGGAUUUUAUGCCCGUGAUGUACAGAAUCGCCUGCUCAAUUCAAGGCCUUACUCGAAUGCGAAUACGAUUCCCGAUGAGGCCCCUAUCCAAAACGAAGAAUCUUUGCUCGAAUCCCAAGCCACGCCGCCAUCCAUCCACGAUGAAAACGCCAACGACCACGUCCAAUUCGGCCAUAAGCAAAGACCCAAAAGCCCCCAGGAGAAGCAAGAGGGCGUUUUGCUGAUGGAAAUUGCCUCAUCGUCGGGCGAUACUGGAAGCAGUAUCCCGCGCGGCGUUCUGGAGUUGGAGCUGAAGUGGUUGCAAGACCCCCGUGCUCUAGGCGACCGGGUGGCGCGCAUUCUACAGAGUGGUGAUCCCGCGAAGGCUGCGGCACUAGUCCGAUACGCACACAAUCAAGGCUUUCAGACCGGCGUCGGUUGGAAUCAUAUUCUGAGUUAUUGCAUGCAGCGAGGGCAUCCGAAGGCUGCCUUCAAGUUCUUUAAUGAUAUGAAAAAACGCAAUCGAAAACCCAAUGCCGCAACCUUCACUAUCAUGCUGAAAGGCUUCGCCGACGCCCCAAAAUCUCGAACAUCCGUCAACCUUGCGCAUAGUGUCUAUAAGUCCCUUUUCGCCCCCAAUUCUCCGGUCGAGCCCACCAUCAUUCAUACCAAUGCGAUGCUGCACGUUUGCCAACGGCACAACAACUUGAACAUGAUGUGGCGUAUUGCUGGUGAUCUCCCCGAAGACGGGCCAGGUGCACCGGAUAUGCGAACCUACACCAUUAUUUUGUCAGCACUGCAAUACGCCGCCCGCAAUGAUAUAUCGGCUUUAGAUCCAUCCAAAAUGGACAAGAUCACCGCUCGCCAAGUUCAGAUGGUCAAAGAAGCGAAACGGAUAUGGGCCGAUGUUGUCUACAGAUGGACGAAAGAUGCGGUCCCGAUUGACAAUCAUGUGGUGAACGCCAUGGCAAAUCUACUUCUGGAUGGUACUCGUGAUCAGGAUUUCUAUGACAUCUUUGCCCUUUACAAUCAAACGAUGGGGAUUCCCAUUUUGGCCAAAAAGCCCUCUUCGGGACAGCAGCCCCGUGAAUUAUAUCGUUCUCGGAUCAUGUCGCAUCACAGACAGGCACAGGAAGCUGGGGGCGUUGCAGGACCGAGUGUCGAAGACGAUGUUCCAUUUGUUGGUUUGGAUAGCACCCCUUUGAAAGAAGAAGCCCCGGAACCAACCGCCGAGGAGGAUGAGGAAGUGAAUUCAGACGUCCUCUUUGCUCAGAUUGUCCCAGGGUCUGAGGAUCUAUCCUAUCUCAAACCAGGCAACAAAGAGCUCACAAUGAUCGAGGAUGCUUGUUUCAAUAUAACCCAAGGCUCUUCCGCGGGUUAUGCUUAUUGGGAUAUUCUGACGUCAGAGACUGGGGACUACCGCAUCCAACCUGAUGCUGCUGCGGCAGUUGUGUAUCUCCGCCUUCUCCGCCUGGCACGAGCUAGCAAACGGACUGUUGACGUUUUGCGGGACGUGAUCAUUCCAUCUGGACAAGCCAGUGGGAAAUUGUUCCACGUGGGUCUUGCCAGCUGUCGUCGUGACCGCCGUAAUGCAUCGGUGCUCUUGCAUGCCACCGAAAUUCUCAACCUGAUGCAAAAAGCUAUGGUUCUCCCCGAUCCACGAGUCCUCGAUGGAUAUCUGGAAUUGAUUCAGGCCCUCUCUGACAGCCCUCACACCCUUCUACACUUGAGAGGGUUGUCGGGAGAGAAAGAUAAAACCCCAAGUCAAUUGUCCACUCAGGGAAAAAAGCUCCAGGCCGAGCUCCGCCUGAAGGCUCUCAUGGCGCUUCGUCCUCACAUCGCACAGCUCCACGAGGCAAUGGACCAGGGCAAGCCUGCUCCCAAGACCCGCUGGAAUGUUGCAACUCACGGAGGCGCCAAUGUAAUUUUCGGCUUAGGGGCCGUCAAAUUAAUGACUCGUGUCCGUAGUUUGGUCGACGAGACUUUGAACGCCCCUUACGAGACAUUCAUCUCUAAGGAAAACCGAAAGCUUCUCAAAUCCGACUUGCCGAUGCUGAAGAAGUAUUGCGACAGAGAUGUGUUUGAAAAGUUCUCCAAAAUGACCAUUCACCCAACGGUCGCGCAACGGAACGCAUUCAGAGAGCGAGCGCUAGAGUUUGAGGAGGAGGCCCAUGAAUCCUCCGAGAAGAAUGAAGCCAAGCGAGAGCCCCGGGCUGAUACUCCAUUACGCGGUGAGCCCGAAAAAUAA